GGCCAGCACCCCCAAGCUGCCACUCAAGCAGUCAGAGUGGCAGCCAGCAGCUCAGUCCAUGCUGUCCCCUCGGGUCGGUGCUCUUGAGGCUGAAAAAGAGGCCUCUGUACCUUGACUCCCAGGAGAGCAGAGACCGACCGUCAAGGGGGUAGAGGACCAUGUUGCGCCGCAAGCCUUCCAAUGCCAGCGAGAAGGAGCCUGCUCAGAAGAGAAAGCUCUCACUUCAGCGCUCCAGCAGCUUCAAGGAUUUUGCCAAAUCCAAGCCCAGCUCCCCUGUGGUGAGCGAGAAGGAAUUUAAUCUGGAUGAUAAUAUUCCAGAAGAUGACUCCGGUGUCCCUGCCCCAGAGGAUCCUGGGAAAAGUGGCAAAAAGCUGGGGAAGAAAUGGAGGGCUGUCAUUUCCCGAACCAUGAACAGGAAGAUGGGCAAGAUGAUGGUGAAGGCCCUGUCAGAGGAGAUGGCAGACACGCUGGAGGAGGGCACAUCCUCCCCGACAUCUCCAGACGGCAGCCUGGACAGCCCUGGUCCUGAGAAGAUGGGGCUGGCCUUCUCUGAGCAGGAGGAAGGUGAGCUCCCGACACUCAGCCGCCAGGCUUCCACCGGCAGUGAGCUCUGCAGCCCCAGCCCAGGUUCUGGUAGCUUCGGGGAGGAGUCUCCUGCACCCCAAUACACAGGACCCUUCUGUGGCCGGGCGCGAGUCCACACCGACUUCACUCCCAGCCCCUAUGACCACGACUCACUGAAACUUCAGAAAGGUGAUGUGAUCCAGAUCGUUGAAAAGCCACCAGUGGGUACAUGGCAGGGCCUGCUCCAUGGCAAGCUGGGCUUUUUCAAGUUCAUCUAUGUGGAUGUGCUGCCCGAGGAGUCUGUGGGACCUUCCCGCCCUAGCCGCCGGCAGAGCAAGGGCAAGCGGCCCAAGCCCAAGACUCUGCAUGAGCUGCUGGAGCGCAUCGGCCUGGAGGAACACACGUCCACCUUGCUGCUCAACGGCUACCAGACACUGGAGGACUUCAAAGAGCUGCGGGAAACACACCUCAACGAGCUGAACAUCAUGGACCCACAGCACCGGGCCAAGCUGCUCACGGCCGCGGAGCUGCUGCUGGACUACGACACCGGCAGCGAGGAGGCGGAGGAGGGCGCAGAGAGCAGCGAAGAGCCAGUGGCGCACACAGUGCCAGAAGCCAAGGUGGACAUCCCUCGAGACUCAGGCUGCUUCGAGGGCUCAGAGAGUGGGCGUGACGAGGCGGAGCUGGCCAGUGCCGAGGAGCAGCUGCAGGGCCUCUCCCUGGCAGGGACACCCUGAGGUGGCAGCAGUAGGACCCAAGCAGCAACAGCCUCCAGGAUGGAGCCAGGACACUGACCCUGGCCCUCCAAGGGCGCCUGCCACCCCCAGUCCUACAGACUUGACCAGAGUGGAUGAGAAGUAGUGCGAGGGGACAAGCCCCUUGCCCUGCCCCCUCCCUCCACCAGCUACUGACAGCACAGUCCUUCCAGGCACCCUGCUCCAGCUGCAGCAAUGGCAAGUGGGGCACUGACAAGCCAUCUUGCCCUUGUCCCUCACCACCAUGGCCCCCCAAACGCACACCACCUCCACUGUCACCCAGCUCCUGAAAAGAGAGCCAAGUGCAUAUUUCGGUCAAGCUAACAGGUAGGGAAGCUGGCCGUUUCCAAGAACCCUAAGUGACCAGAAGUAGACCCCAGUUUCCACUAAAUAAGAUCUGAAGAAACAGAUAUCUUUCCCCACUUUUCUUUUCCGUCACUUUCAUGACCACUAAAUCGCUAUGUCAUUUGCACCAACGCCUGCUCCCAUCUGAGGGUAGGUCUGAUUAGAAGGCAUAGUCCUGAGCACCUUGCUGGCCCUGACAUUCUCUCCUGUUACCUGUGAGCUGCAGCACUGAUAAGGUCCCCGAGGAGGCAGAGGCACCCAAUGAAGUAGGUGCUCCUCCUCACCCAUUCCAUAUUGCCCCACAUAAAGCAGGCAAAUGAGCAACUUCCGCCAGCCCAGAACAGGGCUGCAAACACUCAGCACCCUUCCUAGGCCCCAAGAGCCCGCCACAUCUAGGAUUGCCUGCUUAGUGGACACACGUCUGGAUCUGCCACCAGAAACCUAGGUAGAAGCUAGCUUUCGGGAAGGGUCUGGUAUAAACAGAAGGCGGGGGGGAGGGAUAUAGGUUCAGCAAUAACCAGCAAUGGCCAGAAGCACAGAACACCUAAGCACAAUAAAAUACCUGC